AUCCAUCCCUACACCCUACGCGCUAAAAUGGAGAAAAAAGGUCAUUAUAUUUUAUUAGUCAUCGGCGUCUUCCUAAUGGAUGUUUUUGCUACAACCCUCGGAUUUGUCGCAGGCGCUAAGGCAGGCCGUCACUCUAAUUUAGGGCUCUGGCUGGUUGGAAUGUGCUGUUUCUUGUUGGCUCAAGUGGUCGUUGUAUUGCAUGGAUGCUUUGUAGCUGGUUACAAUAAGAAUGGCUCUGUGGGCAUCAAUUGCUGCAGGACUGAUGUUAUGUCUUAUUUAGUGACAUGGUGACCACUCAUUUUUCUAUCAUUCUACACUAUUAAUUUGUGCUCUGAAUCUUGCACAUUUUUAAGCAAAAAAAAAAAAAAAUUCAAAUUGUGAUUUUAUAUAGAAAUAUUUGCACUAAAUAGAACUAAAGCUUAAAGGGCUGUUUGGCAACUUCUGAAUGGGUAAGUGCUGUGUUGGGAAAAUCACCUCAAUUUUCUAACGGAAGCAAUAAAUAAUUUUCCCGUCUUUGUGUUGUCAAAAUGGGCAAAAUCAUAUGACCGAUCAAGAAUAGCAAACACAACAACAAGCAAUCAAUCAAGCGAUAAACGAACACCAAGAUUUAACGUGGAAACCCCAAAUCGGGGAAAAAACCACGAAGCCUUCCACUAAUCACCAAGAAAAUCAGUGGGUACACCAAGAAUCCUCUCUAAAUCAAUUAGAGGUAUACACAAUCAUCAAGUAACAACUUGGAACACCAAACAACAAUAAUCUUCACUCAAAAGUGAGAAAAUCAUACAAAAACGCAGCAGAGAAACAAAGGCAGUUUUACCAACUUCGAGAGGUCAAAACAACAAUCCCACCGUUGGAUAUGAAGAAGAGGAUGUGAGGAACAACAUACUAAAAUUUCAUCCCGAUCGGAGCUCGUUUGGUCGUCGAUCGGAGCACAAAACCAGGCUGCACCUCUCUUUUUCUCCCUUCUUCCUUCUCUCGGUUUCACCCCUUUUUUUUCUCUCUGUCUACUCACGCCCGCAAGAACCUGGGCUCUGAUACCAAUUGUUGGGACUGCGCGUGCCCUCACCCAACCCCGCAUUAGUAUGAUAUUGUCCGCUCUGGGUCAAGCCCUCACGGAUUUGUUUUUAGGCACCUCCCAAAAGGCCUCAUACUAAUGGGGUUGGGUGAACCUAUAUAUUUUGGUCCAUUUUUACUUCUCCCUCCGGUGUGGGACUUGGAGGAAUCCCAACAUGCUGAACCAGUAAGAGGUCUGAACCAUUAAGUGCUGAACCAGUAAGAGGUCUGAACCAUUAAGAGCUAGUAUAUUGCUUAACUAUUCAGAGGCAAAUGUCUGAUCAAUUCAGAUAAGAGGUCUUAACCAUUCAGACUCUGUAGAAU